AUGUUCAAACCCUCGAGGAUACCCAGGACCUUCACCCGACUCUCUCGCAUAGUCCCUUCGCAUACUCGAUCACAGACUGUCCGCUACGAGCAUAAUCUCAACAUCCAGCGAGUCCGCUUCACACACCCGCCGUUUACCUGGAAGCGCGCCACCUCGGUCUUUCUGUACACCGGCGCCUUCUUAGCCUACCUGCACUUUGCCAUUCCGGACGUAGAGAUCGAGGACGAACCGGAAGAAAGCCGAGCGAAGAAGGGGCGCGAGGUGAUGGACGACGACGACGACGAAGAAGACGACUACGAGGAUGAGGACGAGGAGUACGACGAAGACUCGCUCUUCAUACCUCUUACGUGGGCGAGACAGAAGCCAAAGACAUUCUACAAGGGCACAGACCCCGAGUGGCAAGAGUUCCGGAGGUUCGCCCAGGACGCGAAACGGCAUCGCGCCGCGCAGGAGAUGCUCGUAACCACAGUCCGCAUGAGCAUGGCCAACCAGCCCCGAAUAUCCCAACGAUUCGGCCAGAUCAACGUCAAAAGCGGUAAAUACUGGCUCGACAUGACCUUCCCCGACGGCCCGCCGCAAGAGUACGAGCGCAGCGGCAUUGAGAUCACAGACGACUUCAUCAGCUGGACAACGCGUCCGGUAUCGCAGAUGAACUACGGCCGCCUCAACCGCGUGCUCUGGCCCACGGCCGCCUUCUCCUCGUUCUACGCCACCUCUCGCUACAUGUUCCUCUUGCGGCUGAACCAGACCAAGCAACUGCUUGGUCUUGCACCGAAAGAAGACGAGAAAAUUGUGCAGUUGCGCGCGGCGUUGGAGGCUGUGCAUCCUGGCGCGCAAACCAUGUUACCCAAGCCAGCCCCGCCCGGCACCUCUGGUAGAAGCGCCGCAGACCCAGCAAAAGGCAUAGCGCCCAUUGCGCUGCCAGCACCACCGCAAGGGCAGCAGGCGCCGGAGGCAGGUGGUAAAGAAAAGGCGGCUAGCCUCCCGAGCCUUCCAACCAUCCAGCGGCAACCGAUAGCGAUGUCCGUGUUUGCGAACACGUGGGUCAAGAAUUGGACGCCAUUGAAUGUUGAAGCACCGCGGGGAAGCAUUGUAGUGAGUGGGCUGAUCGAGGUGCAGGGAAAUAAGGCGAGGGCCACAAUGGACGUCGUGGCUGCGUAUGAUCCGAAGCAGAACAAAUACGUGGCGAUGAGUUUGGGGGUUAGGAGGGUACAGGACAAGAAACAGGCGCCUAAAGGCGGGCGUUAA